AUGGAGAUGCAGAGUGGAUCGCGGCGCCCCGAGACACACCACCCACACCCCACCGACGACCAUGACCCUUCAUCCGCCAGACCCAAGACGACCACCGCCAUCGUCCUCACCCCUACCACCACCGACCCCCAUGGUUACCUCUUCAUCACCCGCAACGGGAUUGCUACGCCCACUCUCGUGCCAGCGACGGGAAAAAUUCGCACCCCGCUCCAAACGUCCUCCUCCGAACCCGAAUCAGACUCCGACACGACGCACCCCAUGGCUGCCAUACCAUUAACCGCACGCCAACUACGCACUAAGCUAGCGGCGGGCAAGUUCCUUGCACGCCGCGACCGCAUCAGAUCCCACCAAGCCGCUCCGCGGCCGAAGGAUCAACAUCCCUGCCCAUCCCGCCUUGUCUCGGACACAACCAACACAAUACUGCCGCCGCUAACAUAUUCGCACCUCUACACAAACCCAUCCGCCCUCGACCCCCUCGAAAGCAACCCAAACGGCCUACCACACCUAGUAACCCGGCCCUACGGCCCACCAAAUGUCCCGCAACAGCUACAGCCCAGCCAACCACACCUACCGCCUACAAGCUUCCACAAAGCUCCUCCACGCAGAGCUCGCUCCCCGCGGCAUGGCGACGAACACAGAACCCCGAUAACACAACAGGAACCACAUACCAAGCGCGCCAACCUAUCCACCCCCUACCACCACAGCCACUCACUGCCCCACACCCUCCCCUACCACUGCCUCUCCACCUCCUCCGACCACUGCCAGGUUGCUACUAACCAACUGCACCACAGCUCCCACAAGAGCUAUCACUCCAACACCCACAUGCACCACCCUAUGGCCCACGAGCUUCCGAGCCACCUCAUCCUUUCCAUGUCUCACCAUGGCUACGUGUUACCCCCAGGGCACACAAUCGCACAAAUGUCCCACUCCCAGCAGACCCAUCACCAGAACCAUCUGGCACCGUUCAGCCAGAAAUUCCGCAAGCCCAGUCCAUGUGCCUUCACCACCAUGAGCACACUGCACAACCAGGCACAUCUAACAUGCACCCACGCUCUGACCCACCCCCCUCUAGCCCACCACCAUCCCCGGACACCCGGACAUUACCACAUCCAUAACCCGCCGGACAAACGGCACCCUCGACCAGCCAAUGGAAACAAUGGGCCAGGCCGCGUACGGGACCACUUCCUCCACCAGCUCAAAUACCCACCCAUCUCCGAAGUGGAACCAGACCUGAACCUAGCCCACCCCUCUUUCCAGCUACCAUCAUCCAAACGCCACCACGCUAUGCUCUACCCGCCUACCCCGUCCUACCAGCCAGGUGCACUCGACCCUACAUAG